CCUAAACAUCCCAAAUUCUAGUUACUUUGGACAUGCGCUCAGUGUUCUCAACGGAAGACUUGUUUAAAUUCAGGCUAUUGCACUCAAAGACGAAAAGAAUAAAAUUACAGAUAUUUUGUAUACGUUUUGUGAAAAACCGUUUUGCUACUAAAAGUCGAAUUUGUUCGACCAAAAGUUGUGGAUGUAGCCGAGCAACCCGUUGCCAACACAGACUGAGCUCCUGACGCCGGGACCUGAGGGUACAAACUUUAGCGCACUUAACGCUAGCUUUCGUUGUUUUCAUCUGAACUAACCAAACAUUGAACAGAAUAAACAGACACACUGCUGCUUCUGGGCUACAUAAGCACAGGCUGGUGGGAGGUCAGUGCAUGCAGGGGAGAUCUGUGCAGAGGCUGGUGGAGAUGGUGGGCCCAGGCGAGGAGAUGAGAACAACAACGCUGGUCCUCUCCAGUCCUGCACUGAGCCUGGGCUCUCAGAGGACUGGGACAUCAAAUGGAAGGACGCUUGAAAAGCAAAAUGUUUCCAAUCAGGAUGUGAAGCAAGCUACAAGCAAGGUAAAAACAUCUAAGAGAAAGCAGCAUGUGUUCACUCACGGCCUCCAUCGCCUACAGCAUUUCUCCUGUGACAGCCCUGUGCGGUUCAUGAUGUAUUCUGAAGCUGCUGCAGCAUUCAUCAGUCUCCAUUCAGACAACACAGUUUGCCUUUACAGCACUGACGGCCACAAGCAGACUUUCUCAGCACACCUCCCCUUCAUGGGCCUGACCAACACAAAGAUCUCUGGCUGUCUGGUGGGUUGGGGUCCAGGGCCUGUCUUCGCUCUUCUGGACAGUGAGUUACGCCCACUGGAUGCUGCUCAUGAUGCCCUGGACAUACGUGUUUGUCAGGCAGCAGAACACUCCACAGAGUUGGUGACUGCAGGUGUGGGGAACGUGUGUGUGUGGUCGGUGCGGCUCAUGACGUGUAAGGUGAAGAUACAGGAGGGGCUACAGCACAGCACGUUCACUCAAAUGGCCUUGGUUCCCCCACGAUCUGACAGGCCCCACAGAGCAUUUGUUGUGAGCGGGCAGCUUGUCACGGUGGUCGACGUUGAUGCCGGCAAGGUUUUGGAGCACGGGAGGGAUCUCUACUCACGAGAUAUCACUGCAAUGCUGUACUGCUCUCACCUGGACCGUUUGAUCACUGCAUCUGAGCACUCCAUUAGAAUAUGGGGUCCAGAUUUGGAACUACAUGUGGUUUUCCUCGGACAUAGUGGUGUGGUGAACUCACUGUUCUACUCCCCUGCACUAAGCAUGCUAUUAUCAGCAUCUGUGGAUUGUACAAUCCAUUGCUGGAACGUUGAAGAGGGUGAUGUGAUUGAAUGUGUCCACACGGAGCAGAAUUCCCCUCCGUUGUGCAUAGGGGGAAAUAGAAAGGGAGAGACUUUCUUCUCCUUCUCUCACCAGGGAGUUGACUUCUGGUCCAUCAGAACCUUGUACACUCUCCACUGUAAACUCAAAGGAGAUGAAGGAGCCCCACUGAGACAAAUCUUGGUUUCCUCAUUCCCUGCUCCUUUCCCUACACGAGUCCUCUGCGUCUGUGGGGACAGUGAUAUCAUGCUUGUGGCUGGAGAAACGGGAGCAGUGUUGGCUUCCUUCAAGGCAAAGCAGAGGAUUUUGUGUGCUGACUACUGCCUGCAAAAAGAGAUUCUGUUGGCUCUGACUGAGACAGGUACGGUGCUUCAAGCCAACGCACUCACAAAUCCAAUCACUUUAAUGCAAGAGUGGGAAGGGAGAGGCCAGGGGCCUUGGCUGCAGAGGGACAGUGUGACUGAGAGUGACGGCCAGAAGCUUCCGAUCCCUGGCCCCGCUUGCUGCCUUGUGCUUUACAGCUAUGUGGCUGAAACACAGGGAGCUUUAGAGGAGUGGAUGAGCUUGCAGGAGAGAAGAGGAUGCAGUCACAGGAGGAACAGGGCAGCGCUAGAUGAUGCCAAGAAUAAGUUUUUGAUCAUUCUCGGCCAAAGUGGAGGCUGUGUGAGUGUUCUCAAAAUGGAUAAUGGAAAGGUCUUGUACCGAGCACCGGCGCACUAUGGCCAGAGAGUCACCACAUUGCAGGUGUAUCCUGAGAAUGGCUACCUUCUCUCCACAGGUGAGGACAUGACAGUUGUGGUGUGGAGAGUAAACCCCUAUGUCCAGGAAUGUCUCAGCCAGCACCUGAGGCUGCACUAUGGCCAGCCUCACAUCUUCCUGGCAGUACUGGGGCCCCAGCUGGCCUUGACCUUUCAUGAGCCCAACAGUGACACCUACAACCUGAUGCGCUUUAGCCUGCUCAACCAGAGUCACAUCGAAUGUCCAUCCAAAGAAGGACAUUUAGACCACUUCACAGGACUGUGUGUAUGUCCUGAUCUGGAGGUGUUUGUCUCCAGCAGUCUAGAUGGGACACUGUGUAUCUGGAAUGAGAAGAAUCACAUCAUCGAGACGUUACAGCUGAAUGCAGUGCCUGAGUGUCUGGCUUACGGUGGGUUUGGAGGGAAACUGUUUCUUGGCAUCAAAGGGGAUCUUUACAGAAUGAAUUGCUCAGAGUUCCUGCCACACUUCUACCAACAAAUGCUUCUCUACACUUAUUGUGCUGAGCGUGUUCCCGACCUCCCUAUCGUUGAGAAUGAAGACCAGCAUAGCAAAAGAAAGAAUGCCAGCCCAGACAAAGAGGAGGAAGAUGGAUUGCCAGCCAUCAGCAGCAAUUUGUUAUUGACUGAAGACACGUGGAGACAGAAGGAGUUUGAGAGCUUAGUGACCAACGACCUAACUGUGCUCCUACAAGACUCAGUAAAAUGCAGAAAAGGGAAGCCUCCUAGUACAAAGGAAACCAAGAAAGAGGCUUUUGAUCGCUACAUGAAGAUAAUAUAUAGGUUGCCCCCCAAUAUUAAGAUUGAUUUGGAAGACAUCUUUGACCCAGAUAAACUUUCAUUUUAUCCUGCACCAUAUGAUGACAAGCCCCGUAACCAUCCUGCGUCAAAAGAAGAUGUCUGCCCUGAAUUUAAUUUAGACAUUCCUGUGGCUGUGGACGAAAAAAAAGUAAAAAUUCUGCAGAAGAAAAAGACUCCAGCAACAAACUGUAAACCAAAGACCCUAAUGAAAGUCAAGCCAUGGCCUGUUGCCAUACCCAAGAAACCCAUCAUUGUGGAGAGGGAUCAAGAGACUUCAGAGAUCAUUUCUCCAAUAAAGGAACCCAAACCCAAGACUCCCAUCCCACCUCCUCGCAGUCCAGAGAUCCUUUCUCCAAUAAAGGAACCCAAACCCAAGACUCCCAUCCCACCUCCUUGCAGUCCAAGGACCACAGCACCACUCAUACAGCGGGAACCCACUCCAGAGGAGCCGGCGUUCCUCAAACAGUUUACAGAUGCAGGCUGGUUUAAAGACCUAUAUCCUAAUAAAAAGUGCAUCCCAAGCUCCCUGUCUCCAGAGGACUUCUCAUUGCAGCUGUUGGACUGUCUAAACACCUGCAGUGUGCCGUCAAAGCGGGAGAUCCUCUCUGCACUGCAGGCUCUGCAUAGCCAAGGACUUUUACAGAAUACAGACAAGCUUUAUCAGAGCCUCAGUGAAAUGAUGCCCAAAUUAGUGAGACCUCACAUGUCACAUGUGGAGCGUACUGUGCUUAUUGAAAUGCUGAAUCUGUUGAUGCAUCUUAAAUCUGCUGGCCGUGACCUUGUGACGAACCUCCUCACUCUUCUGGCCUUUAAAAAAUUGGGUUUCCGAGAGACAGUGCUUCACAUGCUGACUGCGUUAGGGGUGAACGAGGCUGAGCGGUGGUUGUGGCCGGAGCUGGAGAGCUGGGACUCGGAGCUACAGGACCCGUUUGAUAUCUGGAAGAGCCUCCGUGACAGAGCAGAUUGUUGGCUGGAGUUGCUAAAUGCCAAGAACAUGACGGGUAUCUGUACCUCAGGAGUACAGCAAAGUGCAAGCCUCCAAACUCCGGUAUUGUGGAUGUGCUGAAUUAUUUCUGCUCCAUCCAAAAAGACGAGUUCAUUAAGGCCCGAUGUACUGCACCUGCUGGUUGCAAAAACACAGUGGUCUUGCCUCUGUAUGACUGUAGUUCUCAACCAAUCCUUCGUCUUGGAGAGACUCAUAGCAUGACCAGGAUAUCCCGGCCACGAGGUUUAGCUCUGCCUCCCCUGAGAGACCGUCCUUCCCUCAUGCGCUUUCCCAGUUUCAUCUCCUUGCCGUUACCUCAGGUCAAUCUUCGCCCCUUUCACAUCAACUCGUAUGAGGACCAGGUGAAGAACUUGUAUCGUCGCUACUUCAUUCUAGACCAGUCACGCAUAGACUACUACUACAGAUGAUGCCUGCUCCAUUGACACCUGAUGAGUCAUAUAACAAACAGUUUGAGAUAUGUUUGUUAUUUUGACCGUUAAAUGACUCUUAACACUUU